UACGGCCGCUGACGAAUAACGUUCAGUCGAGACCGAGCUCAUCCGCGAUACAGUUGCUUUUCGCAUCCAACAGACAAAAUGGCUGAUGUUCCCAAGCGUGAAGUUGAAAAUGUCGAAUUCGUGUUCGAAGUCAUGGGUUCCGCCAACGAGGGCAUUGAUGCCGUCGAUCUAGGCGAUGCUCUGCGUGCCCUGAACUUGAACCCCACCUUGUCUCUGAUCGAGAAAAUGGGUGGCACCAAGAAGCGCAACGAGAAGAAGAUCAAGAUGGACGAAUUCCUGCCCAUUUACUCACAGGUCAAGAAGGAGAAGGAGCAGGGCUGCUACGAGGACUUCAUUGAGUGCUUGAAGCUCUACGACAAGGAGGAGAACGGCACCAUGAUGCUCGCUGAGCUGCAGCACGCCCUGCUGGCGCUUGGUGAGAGCUUGGACGAUGAACAGGUUGAGGCUCUGUUCGCUGACUGCAUGGAUCCCGAGGACGAUGAGGGCUUCAUCCCCUACUCCCAGUUCAUCCAGCGCCUGAUGAGCGAUCCCAUCGUCUUCGACUAAACACAUUCCUCGCCAGAAUGUGUGAAAGACCAGAUAUGUUGAAGUGAAUAUGAAAUGAAUGAAAUGAGUUGUUGAGCCCAACAUCCGAUCAGCAACAACAACAACAACAACACCAACAACAACUGAAACAACACCAACAGAUUUAUAGCAACAACCAUUCUCCAUAGAUGUUAUAUUCAUCGCUAACUCUCUCUAUCUCUCUCUCGUAUAUUAUUUUAAUUAAAUUUUACUUCUGCUAC